AAGGUAUAUAUAGCAUUUUUUUUCUCUUUCUUCUAAAUGUGUAAUAAUAACAGGUGCCAGCAUGUAACAAGAUGGAGGAAUUUGAUAAUGAUUUCACGUGAGUGGCUUCAGUUUACAUAAUAUGUACUAGUUGUAUCAGCCAAAAACGUCGACUUAACCUAGAGUCCAUCAGUAACUGCAAGAUGUAGCCAUUUUUUUUAAGAGGGUGAAGUGUAAUUUAUUUUAAAGAAUCAAGAAACUGACUGUCAACAUGUUGAACUUUUUUCACUAUCCUUAAGAAAACUUCAUGGUCUUAAAAAAUUAAUAUCCCAGUUUAAAAAAAAAAAAACAUGUUAACACCACAUGUGUUAUGAAUAGCUGGAAGCAGAACAUUUUGGGAAAAUAAUGACAUUGUUGCAAAUUCAUUAAACUUUCAAAUAUCCAGGCCUGGAUUAUCUGGUUUUCGGGCUAUCUGUGGUUAUACAGUAAAACACAGUUUUAACGAACUUCAUUAGAGCGAACAAUUCAUUACUACGAACUAUGCCUUUGGUCCCGUCAGACGUCCAUAUAACAUAACGUAAAAAAAUUUCACUAGUACGAAUUUUCUCGUUCAAAUUUUUUAAAUAUUCUAUAAAUAUUCAUUUGAACGAACACUUUUCUGCCCGGCACGGUAAACGACAAACGGAUAAAAUCGUCGCCAUUCACCCACAAACUGCCAUCUUAUUUAUUUUGAUACGCGCCAUAGAUGACUGCAAUGGACUAGUGUUGAAAUUAAUGCACAAAACUGGUGUAGCGACUAAAGCGCUGCAAUGUGGUGUUCGCUGACGUUACUCUUUGUUCUAUGCUCGCACGACGUGUUUAACCGAUGCGAAGUGCUACAUCAUAAAGUAUUGCUACACACACAUCUCUGGUCGUUUUCUUGUUUAUUGUUUGAGAAACGUGCGGUAGCCCACAACUCACAUAGUUUCGGUUCCCUAGCACGUUCGUGCAACUUCGGAUUUCUCUCAAAAAUUGAAAUUAUAAAAAUCGAAGGGUUGUGUUAGGUUAGUCACAACAUGCUUGAUCUUCUGAUUUAGUGGCUGAAGUGGCGUUAAUACCAAAACGCAAAUCUUCGGAAAUCUUCGCAAAUUCUUGCAGGGAACUGAAACUACGUGAGUUGUAGGCUUCCCAGAAACGUGGCUAUACUACAUGUAUAACUUAUUUUUAUAUGUGUAGGGUGCAUUUGUUUUUAUAGUUUAAAAAACCGUACUAUUGAACAUGUCUUCUAGGAAACGACUUGAAAUGUUAAAAGCAGUAGAUAAAGAAAAUAAAAAGACUGAUGUGGCUAAAAAGUUAGGUAUCUCCAAAUCAACAUUAUCCACAAUUCUCACCCAGCGAUCCAGUUUGGAAGACAAUAAAAUGUAAAAAAAAAAUUCCUAACUUUUAAAUUUUAUAUUUUUAAUUUAUUACAGCAUUUUUGCAAACAGCUUGUCUUGAUUCCAAAGGUAGGCUUACUGCUUUGGCAAACAACUUACCUACGUAUUUCUGUAUUGUACAUAUACAUACUAGUAUGUAUGUAUGUAUGUAUGUAUGUAUGUAGUAUGUAUCUUGAUCCCAAAGUAUAGCUGUUAAAGUAAUUGAUGCUUGUACCACUCAUAUUGGUAUUAGAUUUUCUACUUUGUUUUUUAACAAGAUCGAGUUAUGUUCAAAACCCCAAAACAGGCAAUCAUUGUGAUUUCGGUAUAAAGAACUUCAUUAUAACAAACUGCCAUAAUUUUGGUCCCUUCGUGUUCUUUAUAAUGAAGCUCUACUGUACUUAGUUACAGUAUUACUUAGUUUUUUUUUUUUGACAGUUUCAGAAUAUAACAAUGGUAUCUCUUCAGUGCACUUCCUCCCUUGGCCAUUUUAUAUUUGUAAACACCAUGUCACUGUUAGUAGACCCUUCAUGUCUCCUCUCAGCUGUCGCACUUUAAGCCCGAGGGGGAUGGCCUGCCACUGUCACGUCUCCACUGCCGGCCGGCGGGCCACUUCACUGGCAUUCAGCUGGAGGAAGAUACGCCAGAACUUGUGUGUGCACGUUUUGUUGGCAUGCACGAGUGUGCGACCACAUCUUGAACAGUGUGACUCAACGUUCCCUCUCUGGGCUGUUGUAAAUGCCCAUGAACUAGCAAAGUACGUUACAGAAAACCAUUUGUUUCUAUCACAACAGGUUUCUAUGAUGCCCCAACAAUAUCGUUUCCACACUUCUAACUGUAAGUGUAACAUUUCGUGAUGAACAUUGCAGCCAUCAUUCCGCAAGUCGCUCAUGUGUUGCAGCAUCCAUCUCUGAUUUGUGGAAACAUUCUUGUCAGGCCCGUGCGAAUAUCGUUAUUUUUAGUUCGAACUGAAUAUGAAUACCAAAUUAUUCUCGAAUACAAAUAUCAAAUUCAAAUAGUAAGAAUGUGAAUUAGAAUCCCACUAAAAAAAUUAUUUUACAUCAUAUAACACGUAGCGUUGUGGCUUCUGGGAAAUUAGACAAAUAAUAUUAAAGUGAAAGGUUGGUUAAGUUAGAACCACUACAAUACAUAAAAUUUUGUUAAAAAUAUUUAAAUUUUGAAAGAAAAAUAUUGUGUUUUUGGGUUGUUUCCCUUAUUUUCCAGAAAAUUUUUGUUAACCGCAAAAUACUGUAAAAUCCAGUUCAGGAAAGAAUUGAAUUUUUUUUUUUUAAUUUUGUGUUCCCAAAAGUUAGUGAUGAAUGAGUUAUUCACGUGCUUUUGUUAACGGCAGCCAAGUAAACUGUACUUUAGUUCAGCAAUAUUAUAAACACAAUUUUUGCUAAUUUCAACAGAUAUCCAAAAUCAUAAUUUUCCUUUUUUUUAGUCGCAUUGUCUGGUUUGUCAUAGAUAUAUAUACAGCAAGCAAGCUGCUACUGUGUUGCAUGAUUGAAAUUAUGGUGUUAGUUUCUUUUAAUGGCCAUGGCAAUGGAGUGUCUGUGUUUUGUGGUGUUGUAGACCAUGGUUGUUGACAUUUAUUUUUUCCCCAUUACCGGUACGUGGGACGAAGCAAUUAAAAAUAUUUAGUUUUCAAGAUUUAAAUGUUACAAAUAUGCUGGUUUUUGAAUAGUUCACAUGAUUUUUUCGUGUAGCGAGACAGAAGGCUGGUAAAAAUAAACUUUAAUACUUGUGCAUAUUUAAAAUUUUGUUAAUUUCAUGUUUUUGAUUGUAAAGUCCCAUUAAAACAUCAAAAAAGGGUAUUUAUAUAGCACAAAUGACUUAAUCUCAACAGUGUACAUUGGUGUAUGACAAACUCAUAGGUAUGCUAUGUCAAGGAUUCGUAAGCAAAUGAAUAUUUGUUAUUUUGAAGUAUGAGUAUGAGUAACACAACAACAUAUUUGCUACAAGCUUGGAAUUCCGAAAUUCCCUGACUUUUUCAGGUUUCCCAGGCCUUAAUUGACGAAUUUCCAUGACCUUUCAGACAUUCAAAUGUCAAAUUUUCAUAUUGGAAUGUAUGCAUAUCAAAAUAAAUUAAUAAUUACAUGAUAAAACUUCUUUUCUCGGAAGAAAACACUAGCAAAGGACUUCAACUGCACUAAUUGGUAAUGUAUUUUUACUCUAGAAUUCACGAUAUUAAAACUAAUUAUUGGUAAUUAUAAAGAAGAGCCUCUUUUCUGGAAAAAAUAAAAGUUUAAUUUUUACUCCCUGACACAAUUUCCAAUCAUUAAAUGUGUUUAGCAGUAGUUUACCACUCUCAGUGGUUAGGCUAGCGUUUAUAUUAGUGAUGGGUCAAUUCCGAUUCCAGAAUCGGUCGGUUACACCGAUUCCAGUAUAAUCGUGGGAUUCAGAAUACAAUGGUUUUGGAAUCGACCAUGACCGAUUCCUGCAUUGUUUUUAAGUUUGCAAAAUACAUCUCCUACGUAAGGUAGUAAUGCAUGCAAAUAUAAUUUUUAAACUACAUAACACAAUCUUUUUUACGGAACUGAGAUUUACGAAUUACGGUGAUUAACGUAUUUAUUUACUUGCACCGCAAUUUUACCUACAGUACAAAUGCAGUAUCUACUUUCCCGCUUUAAGUGAAAGCAUUUUUCGGAAAUUACGUUGCAACAGCACUGCAUUUGUAAUUGUAAACCUUCAAAAAUAAUUAGACUAGGGAUGGGGCGACCGAAUCCAAUAUCCGCAGAAUCCUAGGGAUUCGAAGCUUCGGCAGGUCUGAUAUAGGAUUCGUCAAAGGAUUCGGUUUUUUACUAUUUACGAAAAAAAAAUUACAGUAAAACUCGCUUACGAGGUCCCGCAUGGUAGGUUUUUCCGUAUAAAGCGUUUAAAUUGCCCGGGGUCUCAUCGUUUACGCCAUUAAAUGUGUGAUAUUAAGUCCCGUUAAAAUUUUUUAUGAAAGUUCCUGUCAAAUACAAAUAGUAAUGGCGCAUGUAAAUAUGAAGAAAAGACAAAUGAACAACAACAUACGAAGAAAUAUGGAUGAUGUACCAUAACUACAGUACAAACCCAAUAGUUAUUUUAAGAUAAUUACCAUAAAAAGAACUAAAGAUUCUUUGUAGAUACCAUAGUUACUACAGAAGCAGGUAGCUACCACAUUUGCACUAUAGUUACCGUAACAACCGAGAUGUAUAUUUACCGUGAUAGUAAUGUAUUAUUUAUUUAUGACAUUAAAUUAAAGAACAUUGUUGAAAAAAAAGGAUGUUAAAUUUUGAUAUGUACGGUUGGCACAUGUUUCUAAGAAAUAAUGAGAUCUGAAAGAAUGCAGUACUACAACGAAAAGUGAAAAUGGUACUCGUGGAUGUUUAGGUGAUUUUUAGGUUAUGGCAGUCUCUUUCGUUUUUCAGUAAUAUCUGCCGAAAAAUAACAAGCAUAUCGGAAGUCGGCAGAAAUACAGAUUCAACUAAAUAUUGGCAAAAUCGGCUUCUUCAGUAAAGCUAUACAUUUGAUGACAUGAGUAAACAUAUUUCAGACUUCAGGAUAUUGAAAAAGACUUUAAUUUUCAUGUAAGUUUAUUGUGCAUAUGUUUUUUUUCAAGUGUAGAUUGAGUUAAGUAAAAUGCUUUUAUUUUUAUUGCUUUCAAUUGAUUAAACUUUAAUGACCCGUUACAGAUAUUUAUGACACUAAUUUUGAGGUUAAGCAAUUUUACUAAAGCAUCCCAGUCACGCAGGUUUCCAGCGAAAGACGCUUCUCUUCUGCUGGAAAAACUAUCUCCAAUCGUAGAGCUAAUUUAACUCCUGAACAUGCAGAACAAAUUAUUUUUCUGCAUGAUAGAUUAAAGAACAGAAUUUAAUACUCUUAUGACAAUCUCUCUCAGAAUUAUUGUGCUGAAAAGUGGAAAUGUUGAAACAAUGUGAAUGUACUUUUCAAACAACAUGAUUUUUUGUGCUAAGUUUGUUGAAGCUCAGUAAGGACUCCAGAAAAAUUGACAAGGAUGAAAUUAUUCCAAAGAUAUGUUACAUUUACACAAACAUAUACUUGUAAACUGUGGUUAUGUUGGUUGGAUGAUAUCAGUUACUAAUGAACCAAUGGAAACAGGUAUGUUUUAGCAGUGCAAAAUGUACACACACUCUGUAAAUAGUUACCCAAAAUUAAUAAGCCCACUUCAUUUUAAUACUUUAUUCAAACAUUAUACUAAGUUUAAGAUAAAAAUAAUUUCCCAAAAGUGUAACUGUACCACUAAAGUUCAAGCUCGAGCUCGCUCAAAGCUCGAGAUGUUUCAAGUAGGCUCGCUCGAGCUCGGCUCGAAGUAAAAUUCUUAGGCUCGCAGACCUCUAGUUAUUUAUAGAAAAAAAUCCUAACCGCUAAUCUGUACUAAAUCUGAAAUUUCUCAAGAAAAAAUUUUUGUCUUUAUAUACACUUAUACCAGAAAUGUACCAAACAACAUGUGAGAAAGUCAAGGGACUUUUAGUGCAAGCAGAAUACAUCUCACUUACAUUAGAUAUGUGGUCAUCAUCUGUUAAAAGAUUCGGGUUUGGGUUCGAGAUUCGGCACUUCCAGUCGAGGAUUUGAGUUCGGAUUCGAGGAAAUCAGGAUUCGCCCCAUCCCUAAAUUAGACAAAACCAUAAAUUUUUAAAGAAAAUUAUGUAAAUGUAAAUGGCAAGUAAAAUAAUGUAAACGUUGUUAACUAUUUGAUCAUGGCAGCUACAUUUGCCAUUGUAAACAACCUAAUUUUUUGUUUGUGCUACCUGCCAUGGUAAACCAUACGGCCAUGAACCAAAUCUUUGGUGACGUGAAAAUUAAGAUGUUUCACAUCGCUGCACUUUAAACUUUAAAGAAUUAAAAUGAAAUAAUUUUUGAAUGAGAUUUUACCCAAAUUCACAGUGGAUUUCUGCAACUAUAUUAAAAUAAGUUUAAAAGCAACAUAACCAAAUUGCUAUAAAUUGGCGUUCUUGUGCGUGUUCAGCGAUGCUCGUUUUACAUUAGAUAUAUUUUGGAAAGGCAGUUGGCUAAUCUGAAUUUCCAAACAUUGCUGCUGAAACGUUCGUAAAUUUUUAUUACCAAACAUAAACAAUCUUUUGAAAGUAUUUGUGUUAGUUUAACAGAAUUGUUUCCGAUAAAUUUCUGAAAUGAAUUAAAUGUUAACACGCGAUUAUUUGAAGAGUUUAAAUAUUUUGUGUAAGAAAAUCUCACCAUAAAAUGUGGAAAUUUUGAGAUGCUAAAACAUGCACAGAACUUUCUUAACCAAGAACCGAAAACUUAUUUUUUCUUUGCGGUUGUGAAGAACUACAAGGCUGGAUGGAUUUAUUCUUUGCACCAAGUGAAAUAAUUAAUUUAUAGGUAAUAUAUUAAAACGUAAGCAUCUCUGACAUUUUAUUUUAAUUAGGUGCAUAUUUGUUUCUUGUCAUUUCCAUCAUAAUGAGAUAAUAAAGUUUUAUUUUUACAUUUCCCUCUUUUUAUUUUUUUCCGUCCUGAUCCCUUGAAAUAUGUAUAAACGAGGUUAUAUUGUCAUUUUAUUUGGAUCAUUAUUUAGUUGUGCUUGAAAAUAAAAUUCUUAACCUAACCGUACAAACCUCUUGUUUUACAAUUAAUUAAUUGAGUUGAUAAUGUAAGGUAUCUAAAGUUGGUUAAGUUAUAACAUUUUUACAAUUUACGUCAUAAGACAUCUUUGAUUAUUUGCAGUGUUUGAACACGUGUUUUGUCUAACCAUGUGCAAGGUUAAAAGGCCAAAUUGUGCUAGAAAUUCAAGGUAGCAUAACUUGAUGGUAAUGAACAUACUUUUUAACAUUAUGUAAGCUGUAUAUAAUGUUAAUUUCUGCACAGAAAAUGUAACACAACACAAUUACAUUUAUAAAAUCCUACACAACCUUUUUUUUCUUAGUAUAUUACUCUGUUGAACAUUGUCAGAUAAAAAUUAAGGAAUCAGAAUCAGAUUCGAAGAAUCGACCCUUCAAUUUAAGAAUCGAAAAUGGAAUCGGUAUAUUUUAGGAAUCGGCCCAACACUAGUUUAUAUAUUGCAAUUACUGCAUUAUCAUAAUAAUCAGUUUGAUUAGGCCUCCCCCCAGGCAAUUGAACAUGUGCGGUCAGGUUUUUCGUUUAAUAUAUUUUGUUUGAUAUUAACGUAUAAGCCCUACCUACGUAACCAGUCUAUACGAACAAUGCAGAAAUCACAAAUAUAUUCUUGAUAAAACUUCUGUUUUGACCAUCUUACCAACACAAAAAUUAUUAAUUUAAACUUCAUUACAAGUGAUUAAAUUAUUCUGCUAUUUUUGAAUAACUCUUCUAACUUAAUCUCUAUUAAUCCACAAAAGCCGGUAAUCUCCAGUAUUAUUGUAAAUAAGUUCCAUGUUGGAUUAUUUAUUGACUGUACAUGUCAAUCAAAAUAAAUGGCAUCAUAGUAAAAUUAAUGUAGUCUGAGAUCAAAAUACAUGAUUGCAAACUAUUACUAGCGAUACCUUGAAAAUUUUGAGUAAAGGCUAUCAAAUUUAUAUGUAAACAUGCAUGUUUAAUGACUUUAUAAAGACCAUUUGUAUAUAUGUUUCACAUUUAUUGUUUGUGCUUGAAACUUGGAAAUGUCACAGUAUUUUUUUUUGCGCAAUGCUGUAGUUUGGAUGUGGACAAAACUUUCUCCAAGCUUAUAAGUAUCCAACAAAAGUUCGUCAAACUUAAGACUACCGUCUAGACACAACUCGGUGCUGGGCGCUGCUAUGAUUCACCAAUUUUUGGGUGAAAUUGUUAACUUCCGUCGACACGGAAUGUUUUGGUCGCCUGGGCCAUAUCAGUCACGAACGUAGUGAUAAUUGCGGCGGGUUGGUUCAGUUACAGUUGUGAUUAGAAGGCACGCAGACGUCUGCGGAACGAGCGUGUUGGUGCGGCUCGAAUUCUGGAAGAAGCAAUUUGAAGACAUUAAAAAUGUCUUGCAUAGUAAACAUAGAAUUAUGGAAUAUUACUGAAUAAUUACUGGCGCUCCACAGGAUGAAGGAACAAUCAAUGUUGCGCUACAUUAGUGGUGGUAUUAGCAUCUCGUUUUUUCAUUCUUCUUUGUUAUUAGUCCCUUUUUCCUCGAAGGGAGACGUGGAGUGACGUUACGUGAACGGGUUGCGGCUGCAUCGGUAAUUUCAGGAGUCAUCCGGGUUGCGUUGACCUUUUUUUUGUGGGUGUAAAGUGAACGAAUCAGUUAGCUGUCGCGAACAGGUCCCGGAAGCGACGACACAACUUGGUGCUGGGUACUGCUAUGAUUCACCAAUUUUAGGGUGAAACUGUUAAUUUCCAUCACAAAAAAACAAUUCAUAAAUAAUUUUUUUCUUGUUAAAUUAUGUGUUAGAGUUUGUGUGUGUGUGUGUGUGUGUGUGCGUGUGCACACGAGGCCAUAUGGCAGUGUUUAUGGUUUUCCAUCCCUCUCUUCGUAAAUGUCACGUGAACUGACACCCACACAAUAAAUGUGUCCAUCUUCAAAGUUGUUUUUGUUGCAACUAUGCUCAAUCAUUUUUGUUUUUGAAUGAGAUUUCCCACACUUUUAACUGAACAUAUCACGACAAAACUGCAGCCAUCACUGGUGUUUAUAAGAGCACCUUUUAUAUUCCUCCAGCCUCGGGGUAAACUGCAUUUUUAUAAAUGGAACUCACAGAGAGUAGCUUGGCACCUCUUCUCCCUCCAGCAAAGGGAUGGGUAAACAUUAGGGAUGGGCCGGUCGAAUCCUCGAAUCCACGAAUCCCACCGAAUCUCUAGUAUUCGAAAGAUUUGAGAUUCGAGGAAAAGGAUUCGAGGAUUCGAAGAAAUAUUCCAGGAAAUGUUGUAAAUUUAAAAAUUCAUGCCUAAGAUAACAAGGCACAUAUAAUUUUACCGUUUCCCAAGAUUCUGUACUUUUAAUAAGUAAUUAAGUAACUAAAAUUACUAUGCACUGAUGUGAAACCUAUGUUCACUAAAUGAACAUUUUUGCACAGUGGCUUCAUAAAAGUGGAAAUUUAUUAAGGCAUAAUUCACAGAAGUGUCAUCUGAAUAAGCUAAGACUUAAAAUAAAACACGUUUCGGAUCGAAACUCAUAUAAUGAUUCUCGACUUUUAAAAUCAGUUAACCUAGAAAUUCGUUGGUAAUAUAACCAUAAUUUUGGCCUCCAUCACAAGUUACGGCAGCACAUUCAGUAUUAACAACGAAAUUAACUUUCUCUAUAAAAAACAUACGUUAUGCAGUAUUUAUUUUAAUAGCAAUUCAAUUUUAAAUUUGCUUAUAUCAAACACGUUUUCCGAAAUGAAUAUAAUUAUCUUUCUACGUCCGUGUUUGUUUUUGUUAUACUACCAACAUUAAAAUAUUUGCUGAGUGUUGCAUAAUGGCCAACAUAUGUAUGUUAGCCAGUUAUUCUCAGCAGCAAAAAAUUACGAAUCUUCAUAUCAAGCAUUUUAAAUUUCCAAGAUAAAAUAUACGCAGUGCCCAUCCACUUUAGUUCUGAAAUUACAACUAAUUAUUUUCUUUGCUUAAGUGAGCCUAAAUGUUAAAAGUUAUACGACGAAACAUUCUUAUUUCCUAAAAAUGGCUAAAACCAAGAUGGCCUACUUUGGUUGACUACUUCUGUGACUGUUAAUAACAGUUAUGUUGGUAGCACUAAAAUUGUUCCGCCGGAUUAUAAUUUCUGUUUCCGUGACUGAAAUAAUGUAUUCUAGGCAGUGUGGUGUUGAAACAUUAUAUAUGAUAUUUAAGUUCAAGUAAUAUACUUUUACCGAUAUCAAGUUCAAAAUGUCAAGUGAAGUGUGGGAACACUUUUCAGUUUAUGCGAAAGACCCUAACUAUGCCGUUUGUAAAUACUGCAAACAAAACAUUUCUCGUGGUGACAAGAGCCAAACAACUAGUGCUAUGAAGAAACACUUGAAGAAACAUCCAGUCCACGUUAGGGCUGCAUCACGUUCUGUGAGUAGUUCUAAUGAAAUCAUUGGUGAAAAUGUGGCUGAACUAAAAUUAGUUGAAACUGAAACUGACUCGUCUAGUAAAGAGAGUCAACCAGGAUAUAGCAAAAGCAUUGUACAUCAAACUCAACCAACACUUAAAGAUUUCAUUGCAAAAAGAGAGAAAUUUAAGCCAGGAGAUACAAGAAGUGCAAAUAUUACCAAGUUAAUUGGCAAGAUGAUUUGUUUGGACAGACAGCCUUUUUCAGUGGUCGAAGAUAAAGGUUUCAAUGCUCUAGUGGAUCAUCUCGAACCUAGGUACGCCAUGCCAUCACGGAAAUAUUUUGCUAAUAAAGUUAUUCCCAGCAUGUAUGCUGAAACUGUGUCAUCUGUACAAAAAACACUAAGUGAAGCAGAGUUUGUCUCGGUUACAAUGGAUUUGUGGACCUCAACAGCCAAUGAUGACUACUUAGGAGUAACUGUGCACUUCAUUGACAGAGACUUUUGUGCCCAGCAUAUACAGCAAAACCCCUUAUUUGCACUUUUCAUGGGGACAAAGUAAAAAAGUGUAAAAAGCGGGAAAGUGUAAAUAAAGGGAAAAGCAUAAAAAGGAGUACAGUUUACCUUAUUUAGAAUUUUUUUCCUUUUGUUUAAUAGCACAUACUACAAUGCAGGUACAAACACACUAACAACAAAAUUUUACUUUAGUAUUUAAUCAAUUAUUAAUUUACCACAUUUGACAAAAAUAAAAAAAGAAUGAAAGCCAAAAUGUUUUUCUGAUUACUUCCUAAAAAAUAAAUUUGAAAUUUUCUUCUGCUUGCUUUUUUGGCUGUUCAAGGAGAUUAUUUGCCUCUCCAAAUUAUAAAUACAGUUGCAACCGGCAGGGUUUAUAACAAAUACGGGCUACAUACACAUUGCUCACAGUAAAAAAAUUUUUAAGAAAAGGCCGCAAAUUGAUGAAUAUUUACCGUCAAUAGCGCGCCAAACGCGGAGAAAGGUCAUUGUACUCGGUCAGCUGCUGUAACGACGCGGCGGCGCAUGCGCACUCUAUGCUCCGCCCAGACUCAUGACGCCAUCAGCCGCCAACCAAUAGAUGCGAGCUUAGCGGAAAAAAAUAUAAGCUCCACCUCCCGUGUACCAAUUUUAUCCAGUUCUAAUACCAGUUUAUUGGUAUACGCACCAGUUUUCUCGCUGCCGUGACAUGUUCAAGUUUACGUUUAUCAUGAUGUCUUGAUACCAAUAAUUAAUUAUUUACGAUCCCCAGAAAUAAAUGGUUAGUUUAAAAAAUAUGGCGUCAACUGUACAAUACAGUAAAACCUUUUUGUUGCGACCCCAUUUAUUGCGACCACCUCUCUAUUACAACCCGAUUUCGAGGAACCGUGAAAAAAUUGCCGAAAAUCCGAAGAUAAACAGACAGAAAAUAAGUUUCUUGUGGUGAGUAACGUGUUGCUGCGUUUCUCUUGCCGAGUGCUUCCUGUCGACCGCUGUCAGCGCUUAACAACCCCCAUUCCACGUCCCUUUGUCGGCAGGGUGCAGAUAAAGGUUUUUGUGGCAACGUGUUUACGUUUAGCUUAUUGCGAGUGUCUAGUGUGGUACGCAGUUAAGGCAAAGCUACCUGCUGGAUUUCUCUUGAUUUUGAUUACUAUCGGUUGACAAUACACAGCAACCGACUGGAUGCACGCCCGCCUCGACUUGUUUUAACUGCCGCAGCGAUGUUUAUUUUGACAGCUCAAGCAAUUAAUUUUUCCCGUGGGUUGAUAGAAAAAGGUCGCUUCACCCAGCAUAAAAAAAAAGGCUACGCCACUUAUUCCCCGCGCAGGAAACACACUGGCUGCCGUCUGUCUACCCCGCAUUUAUCUUUCUUCUAACAUUCCACGUUCUCCUCUCGCGCGAGCAAUAACUAGGGCCACGAUUAUAUGGUGAAUCGCGAAAUCGCGAAAUUUUCCGCGAAUUUAUAUGGAAAAUGCGAAAAAAGCGAUUUUUAAGAAAAACCGCUAAAUAACACCGAAAUUACACAAUACAAGUCUCUUAUAUUUUAAUGUGAAAAGCUUAAUAGUCAAGACUUGCCCGGGUCCUGGUUGAUAAGCUGGAAAAAUUUCCUGCCUUGCAUUUCUACAUGCUUCCUCUAAUCAGCUUUAGGGCGCCGUCUGGUCAGCGUGUGUGUUAGUGAAGCGGGAUGAUAAGAUCGACGCUCAAUGGUAGUUCUAGCGCGGUAAAACCUCUAAGUGCAAGGCUUCUGAACUGGCGCGCAGUCAUCUCGUUCCCGUCAGAUAACAGUGAAAUUUGAGCGGUGACCAUAACAUUAUAUGGCGGAAAAAUAAAGAUAAAGGUGUAAUGCAUUUCCCUAUGAUACUUUCAAGAAAUUUGUAACGGGUUUUUUACACCUAAAACUUCGAAAACAUGUCUUUUAGCCAUUUUAUCUCAAAAGAACCAUUAACAAAUUCUUAAAUGCUUUUCGUAAACAGACUCCAGUCGGAUAUAUAGUAUAGUUUGGAAAUUGCGUAGGUUUUUCGUGGCUGUGCGCGGCACACGACUGUAGUUGCCAUGCGUCACGCGCCGAGAAUGUUGUCCGGCAGGAAGGGCGAGUAUAGUUCAUUUGCGGCAAAAAUGAAUACUUUUACGGCCCUGCUAAAUUUUUCCAUUAAAUAAAUUUUGAAGUUUCAGUGAUUUUCCUUCAGAAAUAAUGUUGUGUAACUAACAAACAAUUUGUAUCAAAACAAUUAACGGUAAAUGGCUGUCGCGGGGGCCCUUAAAAAUUUUUCAUUUUAUCAGAACUGGACUAUACAAACCUGGCUUUAGUCGCACACAGUUUGGUGAAGGUGAGGAAGGAUGUUGACAGUUUCACAUGCCAAAGGACGUUGAAGUAGGAGGGGGAGAGAGACACGAUGGUUUGUAUGCCUGGGAGGGAUGAACCUUGAAGUCUAGACAAGGGAAGGAGAGGUAAGCCGUAUGACGUCAUGCAUCCGCCGCCUGUGCUGCCGCCAGCCUGUCUAGACGAUAUUCCCGCGCUCCCACUUACGUUGCACAAGCUACUGCUGCCGUAUUUUUAAAGGAAAUGUCCCAUUAUUUUUUUGUUAUUCUCACAUGAACAUUAUUGGAAAUAUUAAAGCCGACACAAAAAAUACGCUGUGUGUUAAAGUUAACAGAUUUUAAUAAUCUUUCAUUUUGUUUUGUUUUAAAUUUUUUUUCUUCUGAUUUUCACAUUUUGGUCAAAAUGUCCAAUUUUUUGACGGUUCUCGAGAAUGUAUUCGUAAAAUCACUGCUUCGUUAAAUCCGGGGUUCGUGACAUCGGGGUUCUAGUGUAUUUAACUACGGCAAGCAAGAAAUCGUACAUGUAAUCUAACCAGUAAAAAUAAACUGUCUAUUGACAUAUUUUCUUUAGAGGUGGCCUGUAGGGCGACGGACUUGUCAUGAAGGUUUAAAGCACAGCCGUCUAGCAUUGUGAGUGACAGCAUCCUGCCAUUGUAUGGCUGGUUUCUUAGCGAGUAGCGGUUUGGGAAAAGGGGUUGGGGGGGGGGGGGGGGGGGGUUGAAAUCAACUGAAAAUUUCGGAAAACAUCUAUUACGACCCCCCCUCUAUUCCGACCCUAUUCCUGGGAACCGUGAGGGGUCGUUUCAGAGAGGUUUGACUGUACUUCCCAAAUUAUAAAAGACGUAUAAAACAGUUACCAAGACACCGCUCAUUUUAUCUUGUGAAGUUUAUGUCUCGUACCAGUAUUUCGGCUAAGUUGUGACAUAAAUACAGUAUCAGAACUUACAAGCAGCCAUGUUUGUACAUUCAUGAGUUUACGUUUUUCCCUCGUGCAUUUUAGAUUGUCUCCUGCUAUAAUUACUCGUACUUUUACACGCCUAGGCUUAAAUUAUUACAUGUUUAGAAAUAAAAGCAACUUUUCAUGUUAUAAAAUAUGUAUAUUUUGCUAUUUAAAAUGUUCAUUGCCUACUAGCUCCACGGUAUUUUCUGGUUGUUUAUGGUUGUUCGUGACGUAAAUAGCGGGAUUGAUUCGAUUUUUGAGACGUAAUUCGCGGGAAAGUAUUGUAUUGGACUAUAUGGGAACCAAACGGGACCUGAAGAAUAUAGUGCAAAUAACGGGAAAACGUAAAUAACGGUAACGUAAAUAAGGGGUUUCGCUGUAUGUAUAGAGGUGGUACCGUUUCCAGAAAUCUCCCAUUCUGCACAGAACAUUUGCAGUUUUCUGACAAGAACACUGGUUCAGUGGGAAAUCAAUGAAAAAGUGUUUGCUGUUGUACGAGAUAAUGCAAGGAAUGUUGUAGCUGCAUUGAACUUGUCCAGUUUCAAUCACAUCCCAUGCUUGGCACACACUUUACAGUUAGUAAUAAAAGAUGGUCUUCUUAGCAGCAAAAUGGUUGCUGCAGCAACAGGUGCAUGUCUUCGCAUGGUGGGACAUUUUAAACAUUCAUCCCAUGCAACCAAAGUAUUGAGAGAAGCCCAGAAAACUGUUGGUUCACCUGCUCAUAGGCUCGUGCAAGAUGAACCAACUCGAUGGAAUUCAAUCCUGCAUAUGCUUGAGCGACUAUAUGAGCAACGGAGAGCUUUGGCUCUUGCAGCAACCAAUCUUGCCUUGCAUGUAAAAAUAUCUGUGGCCCAGUGGGAACUAAUUGAAAACAUAAUACCUAUUCUGAAAAUAUUUGACCAAGCUACCUUGCAAGCAAGUAAGGCUGGUGUUAAUUCAUCAGAAAUCAUACCCAUUGUUAACAGUCUGCUACAAGAGUUAAAGAAACCUGCACCUGUACUUUCAGGUCUUCAGGGUGUGAAGAAGGAUCUCUUUGCAUCCUUGACAGAAAGAUAUAGGACACUAGAAGAAGAAGAAGAAGAAGAAGUGUAUGUUUUAAGUACACUUCUUGAUCCUCGAUUUAAAGGAGCUGUGUUCACAAGCAAGGAAAAGCUUGACAGGGCAGUGGAACUUCUCACUACAGCAGCACAAAAGCUUGACUUGCAUAAGCAUUGUGGAGUUGUGCAAGAUGGGGUACCUAUUCAAACUGGUUCCUCAAGUAGCAUAUGGUCACUUUACUCGCAGAUAAUGCCUGAACGCCUCGCAUCCAACAAGUCGGAUUCUACAGCUGUUGAUGAAGUGACCAGAUACCUGCGUGAUCCAACAGUUAACCCAGAUACAAACAUCUUGGAGUAUUGGAAAACUCAGUCUGCAUGUUUACCCAGGCUACAUAAACUGUCGAAAAAAUAUUUGUGUUCACCUCCAGCGACAGUGUUCUCUGAACGUUUGUUCAGCACCGCAGGGAACAUAUGUGACCAAAAACGAAAUUUUCUGGAUCGAGAACGUGUCAAAAUGCUUGUUUUUUUAAAUAAAAAUUUAAAGGGUUGA